GGAAGUCAGGUCUGCUCCGGCCUGGAAAACCAGCAACACGACAUUGCGGACACGGCUCGUGAGCCCAGGAGCCCGACCGGCACCAAUGCCUCCUCCACCAGCUCAGGCGACGUGGGCGCAAUGGAUCUCCGCGCUCUCGUGCAGGACGAGGUGCAGUCGGCUUUGUCGGCCGCCAUUACAGAGAGCAUCGUGCCGCUCCUAACUCAAGGUCAAGGCAAUACGGCUGCUGCCGCCACAACGCUAGCCCAAGGCCCAGGCUCUUGCAAUCCACCCGUCCAGCCACCAGCACCAGCUGUGCCCAAGGCUGUGCAGGAGCGUAUCUUGCGAGGCAUUCAGACGCGACGCCCCGAACGCCAAGGCGGCUCCGGACAUUGCCCGCCUGCCUCAGCAAUGCUAGCCACUGUCUGCCAAUAUGCUUCUUGGGCCGUGUCAAGGAACACCCGCCGCACUUACACCACCGGUGAAGACCGCCACUAUAAUUUCUGCCGCCUGCAACACUGGUCACCCUAUCCUGCUACCGACGUUAUGCUGUGCGGUGCGGUGCGUAAUGCCCAUCUCGAGAACGGGUUUGCUGACCCCUUAGUAGAUGUGCGGCUUCAGAAGAGGGUGAUGAAGGGCAUCCAGCUAUACCAUGGUACGGCUGUACUGACCCCUCGCCUUCCUAUCACUAUGCCAAUCCUACGACACCUGAUAGACACCUGAUAGACGCAUUCUGGAAAAGUAGUACCCUCAAUGGCCAUGACAAGCUGCUCUACCAAGCCGCCAUGCUGCUAGCGUUCUUUGGAUUUCUCCGGUGUGCUGGAUUCACUAAUGGCGUCACACGGGGCUGCAUCAGCUUCCCUGGUGACGGAUGCCUACAGCUUUUCCUGCGUUCGUCCAAGACGGAACCAUUCGGCAAAGGCGUCACUAUUGAUAUUGGCCCAUCCGUACCGCCGUACUGCCCGGUCCAUGCCAUGGUUAGCUACCUGUUUGCCACUCGUCGCCAAGAAACCGAGCAACGCUUGUUCAUACUCUCGGACGGACAGCAGCUGACCCGACAGUCAUUCACAGAAACAGUACGGUCUCUUGUUGCCACGGCCGGGGUACCAUCCCAGUCGCACUACUCCGUGCAUUCAUUCCGCAUCGGCGCAGCCACCACCGCUGCUAUGGCCGGUGUCCCCGACUCCCUCAUCCGAGCGGUAGGUCGAUGAAAGAGUGAUGCGUGUCUACGCUACAUCCGGACUACAGCGAGCGCAAAACGCCAGCUAUCGUCCCGGCUUGCUGCCGUGUCACGGAUGCCAUGAUGCCUGACUCGCGUGAGUAAUGAGCUGUAUGUACUGAAUUCUAGUCGCACGAUACUUGCCUGUGCUGACAUUAAUUGACCUUUGCUGUGCGUCAAUAGUCCUUAGCUAACGGGGUGCUGGUUUCAUGGGUCCACUCUCACAACUGGUGUUAUCUAGCUAUUUGAUGCAGCUCUGCCUUGAGCUAUAUUACAUCCAUUUAGCAUUGCAGCUCUACGUUGAGCUAACAGCAGCUCUACUUUGAGCUAACAGC